GCCGGCAUGGAGGGUCUGUUCGCGCUGGAGCUGCUGGUGGAGGCGCUGCGGAUGGCGGAGUCGGGGCCCGCGGAGCUCCCAGAGCCCGCGGAACACCCGGCCGUGGCGCUGCGCCUCUUGGACUUUCCCACCCUCGUGCUGCGCCCCGCCGCUGCCGCGCCGCCUCUGCGGCCGGGUCAGCUCUUCCCCUUCGGGCGCGGCAAGCGCUGCUUGUUCCGCUGGCGCCCGGACACGCUUUUCGCCGCGCUCCGCCGCCGCCCGCUCCGCGCCCUGCUCCUGGCGCUGCCCGCCGGGCUCGCCUCGGGACCCCCCCGCCUCCUCGGCAGCUGCGCCGUGUCUCUGGCCCCCGCCGCCGAGCUGCUGCAGCGGCCCGGGGCGCCCUCCUCCUGCGGCCGCCGCGGCCGCUUCGCUCUGCGGGACACCGCGGGCCGCCCCGUCGGGGAGCUGGUCCUGAGCUACCGCCUCAGCAGCCUGCAGGCCGGUGAGGCGAGUCCCGCCAGCCCCCGCGCUGCCACACCGCCUGCCAGCACCCCUGAACCGCGAGACGACGAGGAGGAGGAGAAGGAAGAGGAGGAGGAGGAGGAGGAGGAAGAGGAGGAGAGUGAGCAGCUGGAAGGCAAUGUCUUUUGCCCUCCGCUGCUCUACUACAGCCGUCAGCCGGCUGAGCCCCAGCGGAAGCCAGCAACAGUGGGGCAGUGGGAGCAUGUCGAGCCCCAGAGACCGCAGCAGGACAAGGGCCACAGCCCACCACGUCCCAGUGCUGGGCCCUCGCUGCUGCACCCCGCCAGCCAGGGACAGCUCCACAACACCCUGGUGCAGCUGCCGCUACUCAGUGCCUUGCUGGCGGAGCUGGCGGUGCUCACAGGCAGCGCUGUGCCUGCUGCUGCUGCUGUCCACCCCCAUCUUGCCUGGCCCUACCAAGGCCCGGAGAGUGGGGAUGCGGCCUCACGGUCCCCCAGUCGUUCCACUGCCGUCAAGCCUGCAGAGACACCUGUGGAGCCUGGCAGGAGCAGUGAAGUCACGAGCCCUCAGUUUAAACAGGGCUGUCAUAAGGCCAUCUCCCCAGGGUCUUCAGGGGUUGGGGGCAGACCCAAGAAAGCUGUGCCCCAGGGACAGCCAGCCUUUGAAAAGAACUGCAAAGUUAAGGAGAAUAGACCUCCCAGAAAGAAAUUGUUGUAUGGGCUGACAAAUACACUGAGGCUACGACUGCAGCAGACCAACCCGGAUAAGCUGAUAAUUCAUGAAAGGAGGGAGCAGUACAGAAAAAAGCAAAUUGAGAUGCUGAGAGAGAGAAGCCCCUUAUCCAAGAGAAAGCUGGUCAGAAAUACUGAAGAACAGCAUGUGGUGUCUUGCAGGCAUUGUAGCACGGGAGGCAGAUCAAAGCGGAAUAAUCAGUUGGAUAAAACUGUUCAGACUUCAUUAGAAAACAGUGCUCUCUCUGAGCCAAUUUCUGUUGCAGGAGAUGUGUCCCCUGGCCUGCAGAAACAAUCUAUUGCAAGUCUAUCCAGGAACAAUUCGACUGCAAGCGAGGAAUGUCCUUACAAAAUAACUACAGCCCCCUUACCAGAGGAAAUUCUGUUAAAAUCUGCUCACCAGGAAAAGUAUGCAAAAGCUCAAGUCCCAGCAGCAUUCCCAUCAGAUGCUAAUGCAAAAGGAAGUUACAAUGAUGCAAUACAGUUAAUCCAUCGUAAAACCAUGGAGCCUGAUGAUGUGUCUGUUGUAAGUGGUCAUAAACUAAGCCCCAGCAGGAGUGUUGAAAACAACUCUGAAUUCAUAUACUCUGAUGACUUUGUUGCUAGUCCGGAGAACACAGUUUAUUCAGAAGAUUUCACCAGUGCUGAGUGUACAGGCAGAGACUCUAAACUUCAUGCCAGCAGUCCUGAACCUCUGUGGCUUGAAAGACCAAAGCAAGAUAGGUCAGAUACAGAGCCAGAAUCCAGCAGGUCCAGAAUUUCAAAGACAAGUCAAAGAGCUCAAAGUACUUCAGAUCUUGUGCCAGUUCCUUCAGCUUCAUCUCCAGUCCAGUCUUUGAGGAGAAACUGUGACUUUAAAACCAGCACAGGAACUAGUGCUGAAUCUGCUGAUUCACUUAACCUUGCUGAGAUGGAGGCAUCAUUAUUAGAUGAAGAGCAGAAAGCCCAAGAGAUGAGUAAGGAAGAGAACAGGGGUGAUCAACAUAUUAAAGAAAUAUCUAUACUGAGAAGCAAACAAGUUAAAUCUGAUACUGAUCUGAAUAUAGGAAAGGGGCAGACCUCUAUAGGACAAAAACAGUCAGUAACUCAAGUUAGCUCUUACUUGCCGUCUGACAUGUCUGAUCUUGAACUUAGUGUCCUGGAAAACAGCAUGUCAGACAAAGAAGAUGAUUUUCUGGAGAAACUACAUGGUCCUAAUGAGUACAAGGACAUCAGUGAACUUGUAAUAAAAAAGCUCCCAGGAUAUACAAUGUAAUUAAAAGUUUUCACUGUCAGGAUUAAGAUACAAUAUUUAAACUUUGACAAUCCCGUUACAUUUAGUUGCACUAUAUGCAAGCUAAUUUAAGAUUUUAUCAUGCACAUUUAUUAUAUCAGUGAAUUUAGUUAUGACAUUUUAAAAAUAAACUACUAUUUGAAUCUCUAACAAAUGGUGUCUACAGCCUGACUUCAGCAUCAUUAUCUUAAUACAAAAGUAAUCCAAACAGCAUAUGAAACAUAAUUUACUGUCAAAGGAGAAAUUAAGACAGAAGCAGCAAAAGCAGUCAUUACCCACAAAAGUAGUCCAGGGUAGAAGUAAUAACAUGCUACCAGAACAGCCAAGUACAAAAUUAAUUCCUGACCAAACAGAAGGUUUUAUUCCUCCUGAAAAGUUCCAAGCUUUCCUUUUAAGUAACUAGAAAUAGUUACUUAAAACAUAGUCACAGCCAGUAGCAACACAGAAUUUCAUCAGCUAGUCGGUAUAAUAUGUUUGUUUCCCUUUUCCAUCACUAAAUACAGUGACUUGAACUAGAUGAGCCCUUCUAUAGUUUCUUAGGCUUCAUUUAAGUCAGAUUUUCAAAAUUUAUUAUAGAAUAGUGUAAGAAUUAUUGGUGAUAGUAAAUCUAUGUAAUCUGGGAAAGCUUUAAGAGGUGGAUGGAAGUUACAUGACCUUGAAGACUAAGGGUGUACAAGGAGUAGGGAAGAGCACAGUAAAUCUUCAAUGCUUCACAACUCCCUGAUUGCAUUCUCUGAAUCUGGGGAAAGAGGUGGGCACCCACAGUCCAGAAACUUGGAACAAGCAAGCUUAUUAUGUCAUGAUACAAAGAUGCAAGGUAAUGAGAAACUUUCCAUGUCUCCUUUGCCAUUAAGACAGUUGAACUGAAGUUUGCUUUUGAUUUCAGGUUUGCUUUUAAUGGCUUCCAGUUUGAUCAUUGAACUUAAUGUCUUCUGUUUAACUGCAGAGGUUUUUCUAGAGUCCAUAUGCCAAUCACAAAAUUUAGAGAUGUUUUUUGACUUGAAUUCUUGCUUUGGUUUUUCAUCUCAUGUAUCCCCCUUUCCCUUCUCUUUGAGUAGUUCAUCUCCUCUGUCAGCUUUACAUUCAUAACUAUUUCAUCAAUUAAGACAGUUACCCUCAGGGUUAAAUAACAGAUUUAUCCACUCCUCUUUCUUUAUAACAUACAAUCUGACUUUGUCAUUUCUCACUGUAACUUUCCAUAUACUUUACUGCAAGAGCCUGUGUUUACAUUUUAACAUCUUGGAGGAGAUUUUUUUUCCUUUCCCUCCUAUUAUGUGUUUGUUUUGUAGAAAUGACAUUACUUCUCCUAUUUAAAGCAUGAACAUCUGUGAGGAUUGCUGGAGUAUCUGGUGUUGACUUCUUAAAACACCACUAUUAACAUUUUUAAUCUGAAGGUAAACAGCUGAAAUUACCUAUAUACCAAAGGAAUCUCUGGCCAGAACAAUUUCUAAAUCUUGUUUAGGGUGUCUUUCAUUGGCUACAAUAUUUUUUUCCUUUUUCUUCCAAUACCAUUGACUUCUUUGAUACACAUGGACUCAGAUUGUCAUUUACACAUGGCAAUUAUUCUGAUUUUAUUGAUGGAGUAAUCUCUUGCACUUCUCAUGAGCAGAACUGUCAUUAAAAUACAUUGCUGACCAACCAUUUUUACAAUGUGGCUAUUUAAAUGAGUUGCUAAUGCUACAAAUGAACAAUUUGAAGGACAUUAUUUAAAAAAUUUUAUUUUAAAAAUAAAAGUUUAUUUUCAGCUCCAAGUGGGUUGAAACUCGAGGGAAAAUUUCCAGCAUUUUUCUAUCCCCUAUUCCAUCUUCACUUUUCAAUUUCCAGAAGCAAAUAUGGCAGGAGCAAUAUUUCUUUUGUUUAAAUAAUGAAACUAAUCUCAUAAAAAUAAUCUUUUCAGCUAAGUUUAUUUGGGGUAAAAUUUCUAAUGUUUACUGUGUAAUAGCAUUUAUAAUUUUAUCAGGAGAACAAUGAAAAUGACAAAACAUACUAGGAAGACAAUAGGAGACAUUGCACUAGAACAAAACUGCAGCAUCAUGUUUGCAUGGCUUAGCUUGUGUUUGUCUUUUCAAAUAUAUACUCCAGGUAGUGAUUAUUGCAUGGAGAGGUUAGCAGAUAGUUUGUACCCCCAGGGGUAAUAGUCUUUUCAGAUAUUCCUGUCUUGUUGUAAGAGUAAAGGAAUUAUUACUUAACAUUCAAACAUCAACUCUCAGUCAACAAAAAUGGGAAAGAACUUUAUUAUUGAAAACUCAUAAACCAAUAUAUUGGCAAGAAAUAGCUGCUAAUGACAAGAGGAUUCUAUGCCAACACAACAGAACAAAACAGAGAUAUUUACUACCAAUAUAAAAUAUUUUUAAAUGGCCACAAUGAACCCUGCUUUGUACAAUUUCUGUAAUAAUCCACAUCUUCAUUAUACUAGCUAGCCAGUUUUGUCAUUAUAACUUACAUCCUCUACCCCUGUUCCCAAGUAGUUAAGAUCAGAGGUUUAAUAAGAUAUUUCUCUAAUGGAGGUAUUACACCAUUUGUUCAAAAAGAUGUAAUUUCUAAACUGCAAGGGCUGAAUUGCAUGGAUGAUGUUUAUUCAGGGGGUAUGACAAUAUGCUGGGAGAAGCAAAUAAUAGUAGCAUCGACACUGCAAUUCUUGCAUGCUAUCCCAGAAGUAACAAAUGCUUAAGAAUACAUGGUCUCAUCGACUCAUUACAUCUAGAAAUUUCCUUGCUGUACAAUAUUUAACAGGAAACUAUAGGUACUUCAAGUUUUAUAUUGUUGUAAACAAAACUUUACUACAGUGAAAUUAAAAGGUGAGAAUUACUUAAACUUACAGAUCCUCACUAAAAAAAGCCACCUAACUUGUUACUUUAGACUUGUAACUUUAGCAAGAUCGCUUUAAAUCUGUAUGAUGUUUUAGAAAUAAGUUAGAUGGGUGUUCAAAAACAGUUUCAUUGCUUAAGGGUGGUUAAGUCUGCCCAAAUAAAAUUGAACUUCAUGUUUUACAAGACCCAAAACAAGAAAUAAACUCUUAGAUCUACAAAUUAAUUAAGAUUUUAUGACUGUUGCUAUAAAUGCUUUUUUAAAGUUAUUUCAGCAUUCUAUUUAUUAAAGUAAAUUUAGAUAGCCACUAUGUAACUGAUGAUGCGAUGGGAAGAGCAGGAUACCAAAUACUAAUAGUUUCUGGCACUCUUCCCCUUCUAUUGUAAUAUUUUCCUGCUGCUAAGUACUUGCAAGUCUUUUUACUUGAUGCAAAACUAGUUUACAAAAACAGUACUAAGAAGUCCCAGCCAGGUAGGUUUCCUCCACUUCAUUUUUUUAUUCCUCAGCACUUUGAUUAGAUGACACAGCUUUUUCUCCGUGAUUUCUCUGAUGGCAGUUCCUACAAUCUAUUUUAGUACUUGUAAUCCCUUCAUCAGUUUGGAAAUCCUUUUGCUCAGUUUUCUGAAAUUCCAUCCAGCCUUGGUAACUGUGUGAUUGAACUUUUGACUCAUUCUUAGUACUUUGCUUUUUCUAGGUUCCAGUAUUUGCCUAGUAUCAUAAUAAUUUUGUUUCUUCUUGUAAGUGCUGCUCAGUUAAAUGCUAGUUAUUAUUUAGAAAUCUCUGUGACUUUGCUUUCCUUCUCUCAGCAUUUGUCACCAGCAUCUACUUUGCUCAUCUUUGAUUGUCUUAAAAGAAGUCAAAUCAUUGAAUCCUGUAUUUACAUCCUUAAAAGGUUUUGUUGACCUUCACCAGCUGCUCUAACACAACUCAGAGCUGUAGAACGACCAUCCAGGACCGUGAACAUUUGCUCAUAGUUAUCAUUUGUUGUGGCAGACAUCAGGCUCCUCUACCUCUACCAAACUCUGCCUUUAAUCCUUUUCUAAAGUUUUGCUUUCCAAAUUAACUUUUCUUUUCAGAUGACUGAGGCCAUCUCUGUGACAACAGAUGUUGCCUUUAAUUUAACAUGCAUUUAGAACUAAUGGCAAUCACAUCUGCUAUAGUUAAUGUUUGCUACCAGAUAUGCUUGCAUUUUCCAUCCUCUCUUUUAGUCAGUAUACUGCUCAAUUUUAAUUUCAGUUUUGUUCACAUUGAGGUUCUUCCCUCAUGUUUAAUCCCUUGUAUGCACACAGUUCUGUUAUGCUGAACUCACUCAGACAAGCUGCAAUUUCACUUUUUCUUGUUUGGCAUUGACAUUCACCUGCAUUAAACUGUUUUUGCUUGGGUUUGGCUUUCAUGAUUUAACUUGUCUGAAUUUUAUGUGGCAAUUGUAAUGUAAACCUCCCCUUACUUUACAGAAUUGCUUGCAUAUUCCCAGAAGUGUAUUCAGUGUUCUCUAUUGUUUUCUAGAGGAUAAAUUUGAGUGUCUCAUGCUGGAGAAAACAGUAUUAAUCUUCAAUUCUGCAGAGACCUCUGCAAGUGAUUCAUUUACCAAUUGUUUAAAAUAACAUGGGUUGGUAGAGGAAGUGAUUAAAUAAAAUCUAAGAUACAUAUCACUCCUAACUAAAUGAACAUUUAAAGAUUGAUUCAGGUACAGAGAAUAAAAAACCCCAAAGCAAAACAAACCCACCUUCCCUCCUGAAACAACAAAAAAACACCCAUAAAACUAAAAUGUUAAAACACUUUCAGAUGUCUAUUAUAUAUUUUUAUUCUAAUCAUAGACAUUUUACAAACAUUGUGGGUAUUAGCCUAAAAAUUUCUUUCAUGCCUUCAUGUUCUCUAUGUAUUCAUUAACAGAAGGUAGCAGGUUUUUAAAAUGAAAUAAAGGUAUUUAUAUUGUCAAAUCCCCUGAAAUUCCAUGAGAAUUAGUCACCUCAAAAACGGUUCCAGAAUGGAAACCUAUGCAGAGGACUCUAACUGUAUUAUCACUUGGAAUGCAAAAGUGUUUUUGAAAGAAGAUAAGUCAUGCUUCAACAAAUAUUUUCAGAGGCAUUUGGAAAGUUUAGUGGUAUCAUGAUUGAAAGAAACUCCCUUGGUGUCAAGGAUAUCCCAGCCCUUUUUCUCUUGUCUUUAACUGUUGGCAGAUUCAGUAUUUUUCCUGUCCCUUAUACUUAGGUAGAGAGUACUUAACCUUUGACUCUUCCCUAAAUUUCCAUGUCAACAUGAUGGAAAUACCCAUCCUGGAUAUCCAGAACCUUAUUCAGAGACAUCUCCCCCUGCCUGCCCUGUUAUGGCUUUCAUCUUGAUGCCUCGCCUGUACCGAUUUCUCAUCACGUAUUUCAUUCCAUCUUUGGAAUUCAUCUUGCCCUGCUUAUCAUUCAGGAAAACUCCUAACACUUCUCAGACACUUUCACUGUUUUGUUCUCUUCUUUGAUAUCAAACCAAAGUUCUUAACAUUGUCUGCUGGGCUCUGCAUAGUUUAUGUCCUUCCUGCCUCUAUGAACCUUCUUCCUUCUCUUCACUCAUUUCUGUAUUUUUCUGUAAAUUGCUGUACAUCUGUGUUUCCUUCCUUCACAUCACUCCUGAUUAUCGUCUCUGGGUACCUGUAUUGCCUAGAGUUCUUGUCCACAGGAACAAGCCAGACAUAAAAGUUUGGAUAGAAACCAUUGGAUCUUGUCUAAUCUUCUCUACAUUGCAGUCCUUAACAUUUCAUAUGCUUACUCCUGACAGCUGGUGUCAACACUAGGAUAAGACUAAGGUAACAAUCAAAAUUUAAUGGGAUAUGUAGUGAAGGAAACUCCUUGUCAAACCUUGCUAACAUCAAACACAGUAUGAGAGAAGCUCUGAUGUACCAUGGGAUGCGGUUUUAAUUUUCUUAUGGAUAACUCUAAGAAGACUCAGCAAUAGAAUUACUGUGUGUAUGAAAAUCUGUUAACAGCCUUUUGAUGGUUGCAGGUCUCUCAUCUCCUGCUGCUUCUGCAGUGUUACUCUACAGUCCUCCAAACAUUGUGUGGCUUUAUUUGUAAAGUGGAAUACAUGUAUUUGGUUUCUUCAAAACAACCUUCAACAGGGUUCAGGAUCCUUCAACAAAAAGGCAGGCACCCAAAUCCAGGGUACUUCAGUACAUUUCCUACAUACCCAUUUUUAAUAACAAAAUAUUGGAACAUAUUCACAAUUAUCAAAAUCUUUUAUCAACAUUAGAUCUGGUUCAUUUUCAAUGAGAGCAGCAGAUUUGCUAACCUGAUGUUUCCCUGGUAUUCAUCACUGCUACAACACAAAUUUUUAAUUGUAUUCUUUUUUCAAAUUUUUAGCUGUUGAUUAAAUUCUGUUACAUUAAACACAUGCCAUGUGCAUUUAGUUUGGCUUGAUACAGUCAAGGUCUCCAUCAAGGAAAGCACUAAUUGCAAAAGAGUCCUAACUGAAAUCUCCUUUUUGUUUUUCUGAAGUCUUAUAGUAGUCAGCAUCCCUUGUCAGCUACUGAUCACUUUUAUAUGCCCAGAAUAUACAUCCAGAAAAGUGAGUCAUGGCCAAACUUAGAGAAGUGUGUCAAGAUGAGGGCUAAGUUCCAGAUGUUCCUCUGAAAUUUUCAUUGCUUCUUUUUAAAAUGGAACUGAAAUAUUUUUUCCCCAGCCUCUAUGAGAUUUCUAACACAAAAGGGAAGACAAAACUAAUUUUCUAGGAAAUGUCCCUAUCUUCUUAAAUACACAUCAAACCUAGACACAGGAAAGUUAUUCAAGGAAUGUUUACAGAAACCAUACAAGAAAUAUUUCCAAGCACUUUCCCAUUCCACUUAACAUCCUAAAUAAUAUGAGAACAGUGUACUUAUUACUUCCACUUCUGAUCUCAAUGGGAAGAACUGUGAAGAUACACAUUUUGUUUUGGUUUAAGUUUAGGAAUACUACAGAUCCCAGCAGUCCUGCUUUUACUGGAGCCAUUUCACACAGGCCUGCCAACAGUUCUGCAACUGGAGUAAAUACCAAAGUUGUGGAUCAGAUGUACAGCAGAAAGCAGACUAAAGCUGUACUGAUGCAAGAGUAACAAAAGUUUGAUCCCUGCACUCCAGGUCAAAGAAAGUAUGUGCUUCUGGAACAGCUCCACAGGCCUUACAAUUUGACCUGCGGGACAUUAAAAUGAAGACAGACAAUAAAAGGAAGGAUAAAGUAAGUUUUAUAGGGAUGAGUCCCUCUUGGAUGGAAACAUUUGCUUCUCUCUUGGCUAACUUAAGCAUCUCAACUGGUGUCUCAGUGUCCUGAUUGUACAAAGAAGAAUGUGUCUCUUAAGAAAAUCUGAAUAAAAAUUGCUAAUAUAUCAGAAAUGACAUUUUGACUAUUCCUGCACAACACACCACAACUUGCUGAUCAUUUCUUUCUUUUCAGUCUGGGAGUUGUUCUGGAUAAAAACAACCAGUACA